UCGAUGCCACUUGGAUGUCCGAUUCAAACGCAUUCGCCGACUUGUGGCAUGGUCGCGUCCGCAAGGAGCCACUUCCUGCCAUCGCGACAGCAAAGCUGAUACGCAGAAAUCGUGUCAAGCUGACACCGUCGUGAUGCAUUACAUCAGCGAUAGAUGGUCGAAUUGCGUCAGAUGAUGGUAUGAUUCAAAUGCAGGACGCCAGGACAAACAUCUCAUCGUAAAUCAAGGCCAUUUUGAUGAGGAGAGAGGUAUUGUGUACACGGGCAGAUCCAGUCAAGAUCAUCACGGCGAUGAGCACAACCAUGCCAAAUCCAUACGAGAUCCCAAGCAUCCGCCGACAACUCUACAACCCAACCAAACUCAUCGCCCGACUCACCUCCUACCUCUUCUCCCUCCUCCACUCCUCCCACAAAACCAACCUCAACAUAACCGUCAUCUGCAUCUCCGACACUCACACCCUUAUACCCACCUUCAUCCCUCCAGGCGACAUCCUCAUCCACGCCGGCGACCUCACCAACGCCGGAACUCCAGCCGAACUCCAAGCCCAAAUAGACCACCUCGCCUCCCUCCCUCACCGCUACAAAAUCGCCAUCGCAGGAAACCACGACACCUAUCUCGACCCAGCCAGUCGAAAGACUCUCAGCCCUGCAGAUCAAGCUGGUUCAGUGGAUUGGAAAGACAUCAUUUACCUCCAAAACUCAAGCACCACCCUCGACUUCUCCGACCGUACAUCCCGCAGCCACGGCCGGGUGAAAGUCUUCGGCAGUCCACAUGUUCCUCUCGUAGGCGGACCUGAACAUGCGUUCCAGUAUCCACGCGAGGAAGAUAUGUGGACCGGCAAGAUUCCUCAAGACGCGGACAUCGUAGUCACGCAUGGACCGCCGCGCUUUCAUCUGGAUUUACCGGGCGUGCAAGCGAUGGGCGAUCGAUUCCUACUGAGAGAGGUGAGGCGGACGAAACCGCUGUUGCAUGUCUUUGGACAUAUCCAUGCGGGGAGGAGUGAUGCGCUGGGCAUCCUGAGGGGAGGGCAGGAGAGCGUGAGAUGGGAUGAGAGUGAGAGAGCGUUGGCGGUGGUGUUGGACAAGGAGUCGAGCGAAAGUGUUUGGGGGUUGGUGUCGUCGUGGAAGAACGUUGUAGAUUGCUAUCAUUUGUUGAUCUUCGUGGUCUCUGGGAUUUUGGCUCUCUUACAAGAUCGAAUCUUUGGCUACAAGGUGCCGAGUACACGCAUGGUCAACGCAGCUUUGACGUAUUGCAAUACUGGCAAGCUGGGGAACAAACCACAGGUUGUAGAGCUGUGA